CGGAGCUUGGCAGCUGGUGAGAGAAAGAGAGGAAGGGGAGAAGAAAGAAGUUUCCAGAUAGAAGUUGCAGACAAUAAGCGUUAAUUCUACACACCUUAAACAUCGGCAACGAUCUUGAACCACGCCACAUUUAAUAAAGACUGACCGCAGAAGCAGCUGAUACCGUUGAAUACUGCAGGGAGGACAAACCAUGCCUGAACUCUUUGCACAUACCGAUAUCGGCAGCUCACCUCCUUCUCCAGUGGACAGCAGUCCCAGAAGGCUGUCCUGGGGCAAACUGGUUCAGAGACUGACUGAUUUCAGCACACCUGCCAGCAACCAGAGUAUGGAGGCAGGCUCCAACAACAGCAGCAGGAGUGAUCUCUCAGACUCAGGGUUAGAUCUCUCAAAUGAUUUGCAUCCCUUCAACGAGGACCUGUUUUAUGACCCAGUGGAGGAGACACUAUUGAAAGAAGUCGUAGACCUGAUUGCACGAAGUCUGAGAGAAGCCAAAGACACAGAUUGCGCCUUAAGAUGUACGAAGCUGCUCAUUCCAGAUAAACUCCUGGAGCACAUUGGACAGGAGCUUCUUCAUCUGGCAGCUAGUGAGCCCUGUGGUUUAAGAGGGGCUCUCAUUGACAUUUGCGUGGAACAAGGGGGCAUCUGUGAGAGCAUGGAGCAGCUAUCUGUGGACCCAUACCUUGUCCCCACAUUUCAGCUGGCUCUGGUGUUGAGACUAGAGUCAGGCGGCCUUUGGCCUAAAAUCCAGGGACUUUUUAGCACAAAGUCUUCUUCCACUUCAGUAGUGAGACAAGCUAUUAAACUUAGCACUGGUUUCCGUGUUAUCAAGAAGAAACUGUAUAGUUCUGAAGAUCUUGUCAUUGAGGAAUGUUAAUACGAAGGAGUGGUAUGUUUUGAUGUCGACAAGAGGACAGUUAAAGCUCACAGAAGGGCCUUAUUACUGUAACUACAUGUAUAUGAUGCAUUCUGAAGUAUAUCUGAUGGACUUUGUCAUGAUAUAGCCUAUUGUUCCUACUGCUGAACUUUAUAGUACCUGGAGCAGGUGCUGCUUCUAGCACUUGCUUACUGAGAUUCAGAUUUUAAAAUGACAAAAUGUAACCAUCAUGCUAUAUCUGGUGAAGUGGCAUUUACAAGUAUUGAAGUGCGUACCUCAGUUUCUAUUGAAACAAUACUAUGGCAGCUAGCUAUAUUGUUAGUUAUUGAAAUUCAUUGUGUUCUUUUUCUUUUUAUACGUGACAGUUAACUGAAUUGAACACAGACUGAUGAAGUGUACAUCAUGAAAGAGGUUUGUGACAUUUAUGAAGUAUGAAAGGCCUACCCCUCCUUGCCUUGUGCAGUGUUUGUGCAAGCUGCAGCUAAGAUUACAAAUGUAACUUGAUCUUGUAUUGUGCAGACCUGUCCUGCUUUCAACUUCAGUUGAUAUUCAAAUACUCAAUGCACUUUUUUGUACCUUUGUGGAUGCAAAUAAAUUAUUGUUUUCUAACA